CAGAAAUUUCUGUCCCUUUGCCCACCAAGCCUGAUGAUCUGGCAGCACUCACCCGCGUUACAAACGUCCUGUUCUAUGACCUCCUUGCUUUUUGAAAUUACGAAUGUCUUACGCUGAACGCUCGCUGGUUGGCUCCGUGUUUGAACGCAAGACGUCUACAGUCCAAAGUGUACCCUCUCCGAGAUUCGCAAAUACUCCUGGCUCGGGUUUUCCAGCUGUUCAGCACAGGUCAAAGAGCGCCUUUGCUCGCGCAAGAGAAGAGGAAAAGAGCAGUAGUAAUAUCAGGCCAACAACUGUACCUCUCGUCCUACCCGCGCGUCCCGCAGAACAACCUCGAGACCUUGAGGUAGAUUUACCCACCACUGACGAUGUUAUGCGUCUGCAGAUUAGUGAGGACAACGAGCGCCAAGUGGAAAAUAUGACUGAAGAGGAGCGAGAACAAGAGAGGCGUGAGGUUGUAGAACAACUGGGAAGUGGUGUCGGUGACCUUUUGGAGCGUGUACGUGCUGCAAGAUCACGAAAAGCAACGAAGGCUCCCACUAUAGCUGAGGAUAUUCCUAUACAAAAGGAAGAUGCCCCGGAGGUCUCCCGCGAAAUUCCGAUCGUUUCUUCGCUACCAGGCCUCGCUACUAGGCGUAAUCUUUCGAGGGUCAAGAGCCUGGAAGAUUUCGGGAAAAGAGCUCCCCCAAUUUUGGUGACCAGCAGUACUAGACCUUCGUCACCAAGCAGAGGGAGUCGCAAACUUCGUUUUGCGGCAUUGACGCCUGACGACGUCCAUGUAUAUGAGUCUGUCCCAGUGUCUCCUAAGCGGAAGGCUCUUGCGCUUCCUCCGCCUCCAGAUGCUCCAGACCCUUCAAUUGUUUCGUUGGGUAUCUUUAAAGAGAAUCGUCUGCCGCGGAAACGACCUCUUUCUCCUCAAAGUCCCCAGACUCGUCACGGACUUGAGUACGAGGCCACAAAUGAUAGACCAGAGCCUGAGGAAGGCACUCCAGAAUAUAUUCGGAGACGAUACUUCCCAAAUGUGCCUGCAGACGACCCGUCUGUGUCUUGGAUGAAGCCCUCGCCGCCCAAUUCGGAGCCUGUUUUGCUUCGCUUCGAUCUGACGGGUGCCCCCAUACCUGCAGAGAUCUCUGCCACUCUGCCUUCUCAUCUUGGCUUGCACCACCACGCUGAUGGAGACCACGCAGGAUACACUCUUGAUGAUAUAUUUUUGCUGUCUCGCUCCACUGUUCCUGCGCAACGCACUGUAAUGCUCAAUAUCCUAGCCGGCAUUGCGCGUCGGUUGGGAAUGCAAGCUAGGGACACCCACCAUGCAGGCAGGAUUGCUGAGCUUCAAGGGAAGGAGGAGGAACUACGAAAACGAAUACUCGCAGCCGGACUCGCCGCAAUGAAUGAGAAGGGUGGCGUCGGUGUCCGGGCCAUUCAGGUCGUCUGGGAAUGUCUUGUUGGCUGGGACGCCCUCUUUGACGCUGAAUGUGCCGAGUUGGAUCUCGCUCCUGCCAUUAUGUCCACUCUGCAAGUGCCUAACUUCCUCACCCAAGCCGCAGAACUCUUCACGCAAGCAUACUUACCCCCUGAAUCCCUCGCCCAACUUCUGUCUAUCGUCUAUCGGUUAUCGCAGGAGUCGAAUGUCGUUGCGAAAUCGAUCAUGAAGACUCCUCGAUUACUCCCCGCCAUACUACAGUUCCUUCUUACACCUAUACCCCCACCAUCAGACUCACCGCUGCCUAACCCUGUCGCUCUUCAGUGCCUUAUUGUCCUCGCAUCCUCCUCUCGAACCAACGCUAUGGCACUAUGUGAGCCAGCCGACGCCCUCCUUCGCUUUAUUACCAUACUUCCCCCUAUCUCGCCCUUCCCUGAGCCCCUUGCAACAACUCUACUCACAGAAACCCUCCGCCUAUACACCACUCUUGCAUCCUAUGGUCUCUAUUCGCAUAUAACAACAUCUGCCGCUUCCUACUUUGCUUCUUUGUCGACCUAUGUUGUCUCAUCCAGUUCGAGACCGCUGAAAGUGGCAUGGGCGGGACUUGUGGAAUCAUGGAUAGUCUGUGCAACGGAUCCACAUCACACGACUCCACCGCAUGAUAUUUUAUGGAGCCAGGUGACUAGCUGGGGCUGGGGUGUUGAAGUACUCCAGCUACGCCAGGGAAUCGCUGAAGGAGAAGCGGAAGUGUGGGCGGCCAUCUGGAGUGCUGCGUCUGCAUGGCUCGAGGGUGCUCGGGUCAAUGGUAUCAAGGGAGGAGAGGGAGAACGUGCGGAGACUCUUAACGCAAUCCAGGACGACUUUAACAAAGGAGUUGAAGAUCGCGUGGUUAAAGCUGCCCUAGAGGCUUUGCGAACUGAACUCGCACAGAUAUACGAAACGCCACCAUCAGAGCGGUAUCAACACCUGCGGAGCAUUGGCAUUCAUGCGCGCGCGCUUUCUUCCGCAGUGCGCCUCUGGCUUGCAUGUACUCCUACUGCCCAUGCGGCUGCACCGAUAGGUGCUCCGCCGUUUAGCCUUCCUUUUGCUGAGCUAUCGUCUUUCUGUGCUGUUCUCGUCUCGCAUUCCAUUUGGUCUUUCGUUACCAAGGGUGUCGAGCACGCUACCUGCAGGUCCCUGGCGACCUUCUUGGCGUAUUUCCAUAGACUGUCGCGACAUAUCCCAGGGACCUCAGCUGACCUCUGGGUGGCACAAGGUCUAACAAUACUCGAAAGGCAGCUCCCUGGAGAAGAAGAGCACGCUUUUCACGUCCUUGAGCCCGUUUUAGCAGUCCUCACAACGCAGUUCCUCGGCACUAUGGCGCCCCCUGGCAUUUUGGAAAAAGGCGGAUGGGGCGUGAUUGAGCCUUUCCUGGAUCAUGCAAUUCGCCCGAGCCGGGAGGUAUACAUUGGCCCCAGCGACGUUACGCCAGAGUCGAUCAUACGGUGCACUACUCUUCGACUUCCAUCCUCCACCUCAUCAUCCUCUAUUCUCAAUGAACACCGCACAACAGGCCUUCCGUUGUCUCGCGUAUGGCUAACCACACCAAUUGACCAUCUUCUCCGCUCCGGGUCUUCACCCGUUUUCAAGGCACUUCCUUCCUCGUGGGACGCAUCGGAAGUUGAUGUUAUUCGCACGUCGCUGCUUCUUGUCAAAGCUACCCAAGAAAUUCUAUUGCGAUACAGCUUAAGUCCAUUCGCCCUGAAGCGCUCAGAGAUGGUAUUUGCUUGCAUGAAAGUGUUCAUGCUCGAACACGGCCAGCACCAGGAACAUCCCUCGCCAGCUACAGGAGACGAAGAGGAAGUAUUUCGGGACCUCAUCGUUUCGAAAUUAAUGUCUAACGUCCUUGCACCAUUCACCCUCGGCGCCGCCUCCGCUUCAUCACCCUCAUCCAAAUUGCCUGAUAUUGACCUGGACCAGACCUCGCUUCCAUUCCUCGGAUCUGGCACUCCUUUUUACCAGUUUUACACAGACUUCCUGGGACUAUACGACGCUAUCUCCUUCUCGCACCCGAUCUUUGCCUCCCUUCUCCUUCCACCACUUGCCCUAACCUACCCUAUCGACUAUCGUCGGUUGUUAUGGGGAGACUUUGCACAUGUGCUGCGUACUGUGCGUACCCCUGUGGAUCGAGUCGUCGCAGGGGAUCUCAGAGAUUUCCUGUACCCGGUCGAGAAAGGCGAGAUGAUCGGAAAAUACGUCAGUGCCCUUCUCCAAGGAUCAGUGGAUGGAUUCCUGCGCCUUGUUGCGGUGCACCACGUGGCGUGCAAUAUCUGGCCUGAUCUUCGGCCCGAGGGGGUCGAGGCCGAGCACGAGGAUAUGGCUAAGAAGCUGCUGAAGAUGGUGGUGGAGAACGGAGAUGGACGCACUGUGCGUGAAGUGCUGAGGUAUCGACAGGUUCGUGGAGAAGCGGUUAUUUAUCCCCCUACUUGCUUUGAAGCAAAUGGGGAGUGGAUAGCAGACCGGGUGGAAUUUGCGCAGCAGGCAUUGGGGAGCGAAUUGCACGAAAGACUUCAGGGGGUGUUUUAUGGGUAGUCAUAUUGGAUGCUUAAAUGCGGUAUAUAGCUCAGGUGGGUCAAGGUCGUGUUAUGGACUACACGUGUACAUCUCGACGGCCCGGGUAUGUUUAUUACACAAUGAGAACAAGGAAAACCUUGGUUUUGCGUAGUGGAUGGAUCCCUAACUUAUUGGACGCCACCUUGCAGCCUUCGUUCGGGUGCUACCAUGGCUUAUCAGCCUUCGAGCACCUACCUACCCCUCUGAGUCUGGACGUCGCCCGAUUAGCCAAAAUCAGACAGCAUCAUGGCUCCGAAACCAUUUGUUCACGUGC